AGUUUCUUAUUUUGUCUAUCUAUAUAUGCAUGAGAAGUUUCAUGGAGGGAGUUCUGAAGAUGCAGCUGAAGCUCUCAAGAAGCUUGCAGCAUCCGUUAAUGGUGUGAGGAUAAGCAUCAACACGACAUGGACACGAGAAUUGAGGAGCUUAUUUAUAGUUCCCAUAUUCAAAUCUUUGGUGGCUCUUUGUUUGAUAAUCUCUCUCUUAGUUUUCAUAGAGGGUAUAUACAUGAACCUUGUAGUGCUCUACCUCAAGGUGUUUAAGCGAAAACCCGAAAAGGUCUAUAAAUGGGAGCCGAUGCAAGAGGACAUUGAGCUCGGACAUGAAACCUACCCCAUGGUCCUAGUCCAAAUUCCAAUGUACAACGAAAAAGAGGUCCUUCAAUUAUCUAUAGGUGCUGCAUGUAGACUAAUAUGGCCAUUGGACCGCCUAAUUGUUCAAGUUUUAGAUGAUUCCACUGAUCAAACCAUCAAGGGGCUGGUGAACACAGAGUGUGCAAAAUGGGAAAGCAAAGGCGUAAAUAUAAAGUGUGAGAGGAGAGACAACAGAAAUGGCUAUAAAGCCGGAGCUCUUAAACAAGGCAUGAAGCACAAUUACGUGAAGCUAUGCAACUAUGUUGUCAUCUUCGACGCAGACUUCCAACCAGAGCCUGAUUACCUCCAACGCUCUGUCCCCUUCCUCGUCCAUAACCCCGAGGUCGCUCUCGUUCAAGCCCGUUGGAGAUUCAUGAACGCAAACAAGUGCUUGAUGACGAGGAUGCAAGAGAUGUCCCUCAACUACCACUUCAUGGCAGAGCAAGAAUCUGGAUCCACUAGACAUGCAUUCUUUAGCUUCAAUGGAACUGCGGGUGUAUGGAGAAUGGCUGCAAUGGAAGAAGCCGGAGGAUGGCAUGACCGGACCACUGUAGAGGACAUGGACUUGGCCGUUCGUGCUGGUCUUCUCGGCUGGAAAUUUGUCUUUCUCAAUGACCUCACGGUGAAAAGCGAAUUACCAAGCAAAUUUAAGGCCUUUAGAUUCCAGCAACAUCGAUGGUCUUGUGGUCCAGCUAAUCUCUUCAGGAAAAUGAUUAUGGAGAUUAUUCGCAAUAAGAGAGUGACGCUUUGGAAGAAGUUGUAUUUGGUCUACAGCUUCUUUUUCUUACGGAAGAUCAUCGUCCACUGCUUCACGUUUUUGUUCUACUGCGUUAUUCUUCCUACAAGUGUCUUCUUCCCCGAAGUCAACAUUCCAGCUUGGUCAACUUUUUACAUUCCGUCUAUGAUCACUCUCUGCAUCGUCAUUGCGACACCAAGAUCAUUCUACCUCGUAAUAUUUUGGAUCUUGUUUGAAAACGUAAUGUCUAUGCACCGGACGAAGGGAACUUUCAUCGGCAUACUCGAAAGACAAAGAGUGAACGAAUGGGUUGUCACUGAGAAAUUAGGAGAUGCUCUUAAGACUAAGCUACUACCUCGGAUUGAAAAACCUAGUAACGGGUUUCUUGAAAGAGUAAACUCCAAGGAGAUAAUGGUGGGGAUAUACAUCUUAUGUUGUGCUUGCUAUGGACUUUUCUUUGGGAACACAUUGUUAAAUCUCUAUCUCUUCAUGCAAGCGGUUGCUUUUCUCGAUCUUGGCAACUUAUUCCAAGAUUCUGUGAUGCUUCAUAGUCUUACAAGCACUACUUUUCCGGUUGCCAUUGAUGAUGAUGUUGUAGGCCACCCAAAGCAGCUUUUCCCUCCCGAACCUGAGGCUGAGCGACGCGUCGUCGAGUCUGAUGAUAGGGAGCUUUCUCGGCUAGAUAUACAUACUCGCCCAUAUAGCGGCAUUGCAAGGAUGACUGAACUCAUUAAAGGGCACCCAAAGCUGCUUCGUGGUCUCAAUGUCUUCCUUCCCGAGGCUAAGAUAACCAUCCCUACAAAGGCUAACAAAGCUAGUCUCAUAGUAAAGGUGGAGGGACUCAUGAAAAACCACCGGAAUCUUCUUCUAGGUUUCAGCGUCUACCUUUCAGCUGGGACUAAGCUAACCAUCCCUCCCGAGGCUGAGCAACAUAUUGCCCCGUCUGAUAAUAACAAACGAAAACGCGUUAAAUGUGAUGAUCCAGCGAUGAUCAAGAUUACGUCUGAUAAUAACAACAGAAAACGUGCUAAGUGUGAUGAUCCAGAUUAUGAUCCGGAUUCUGUGAAGAAGCCUAAGAAGCGAAAGAGAAAAGGAAAGAAUGUGUCUCCACCUAAGAAAAAAGUGAAACUUAGCAAGCGCACAAUACAUUGUAAGAAAUGUGGUCAAGAAGGGCACAAUUCUCGUUCAUGUGGUAAGAGAGCUCUUCAGGCUUGUGGAAGUAGUGGAUCGCAGAUGAAAGCAUCUCAAUCUCAGCGAAGUACUCAUCUAGAAGACUAGAAGCAAGUGUGUGGACUUUUUUGUUUUUGUCUUCUUAGUAGGUUUUUUUUUGCCUUCUUAGUACGUAGUAUAAAAAGUUUUGUGGCUCAUAUUUUAGUGGUUUUUUUCAUUAAAGAUGGGUUAAGGUUUUUGUGUGAAGUAACUGUUAGAAGCAGAACUCUCAUCUUUGUUGCGUUGAUCUAUGAUACUUAUAAGUUCUAAUGUUGAAUUACAUUACACAUUGUCUUUCCAGUUUUUGGAUUCAUUUUACAACAAUCUUGAAGCUUUAAUUCAAAUGAUAUCAAGCAACCUGAGUGAUCAUUGUUAUAUCUUUAUCUCCUUAGAAAGGAAUGAAGAAUUAUGAGAACU